GGAGUAAUGGAAUAUUUGCUAGGGACGGAUUGGACUUCAUAUUUCAAUAUUACUAUCGUUGAUGCUAAAAAACCGAAAUGGUUUGCCGAGGGUACUGUAUUUCGUCAGGUAGAUACCAAAACAAGUGCUCUCAAAAUCGGUACUCAUAUGGGUCCACUUGAACAAGGCCAAGUUUACGCCGGUGGUUCGUGUGAUGCAUUCAGAAGAUUGGUGAAAGCUCGCGGUAAAGAUGUUUUAUAUAUAGGCGAUCAUAUUUUCGGCGAUGUUUUAAGAUCGAAGAAGGCUAGAGGGUGGCGGACUUUCCUUGUCGUUCCCGAAUUAGCUCGCGAACUAACAGUAUGGACGGAACGCAAGCCGCUAUUUGAAAAACUGACACUACUGGAUUCAGAACUGGCGGAUGUAUAUAAAAAUUUAGAUAGUAAUUCAAAAGAAAAACCAUCAAUUGUACAUAUUGUUGAUGCAAUAACGCUUCUUACACAUGAAAUGGAUAAUGAGUAUGGCAUGUUGGGUUCCGUUUUUCGCAGUGGCUCUCGGACUACCUUUUUUGCUUCACAAGUUGAACGAUAUGCUGAUUUAUAUGCAUCAAAUUGCUGUAAUUUAGUUCAUUAUCCACUUUUUUAUUUCUUCCGCGCACCAAUGACACUGAUGCCCCAUGAGUCCACUGUUGACCAUGCAUCUGUUCUAACUUCAAUGAAUCACACCAUGCAGAAGGUCUCCGUCGGCAACGAAGUUCGUGUUCUUAAAAUGGAUGAAGCACCAUUUUGCCAUGAAGAAGAAGAGGAAGAAGCCUCGAAUAGUGAUGUGGAAUUGGAUGUUGGAAAAACGGACAGUUUGAGCGAAGAAUUAACAAGUCAACAGUUGAAUAGUUUAGAUGUUGUUGGUAUUCCGCCUGGACAUGUGGACGAUAUGUCAGAACAGAAAUAG